AUGCUGGAGAACUACAGCCUCCUCCUCUCAGUGGGGUAUUGUAUUACCAAACCAGUGGUGAUUUGCAAGUUGGAGCAUGGAGAGGUGCUGUGGAUAUUAGAGGAAGAGUCCCCAAGUCAGAGCCACCUAGACUGCUGCAUAGAUGAUAACCUGUUGGAGAAGAGACAGGAAAAUCAAGACCAGCAUUUGCAGAAAGUUGAUUUUUUCAGCAACAAAACACUGACUAUGGACAGAAAUGGUGUAUUAGGAAAAACAUUUUAUCGUGACACAAACCCCAUUCUAUUAAGAAAAAUACGUGGCAACUGUGACUCAUAUGGAGUGAAUUUGAAUUAUAUUUUGGAAUUAAUUAUUAGUAAUAGAAGCUCCUUUAUAAGGAACCCUUCUGAAUGUAAUGCACAUGGGAAAGUUUUCCUUUGUAUGAAGCGUGAAAAUCCUUAUGCCAGAGGGAAACCUUUGGAAUAUGAUGGAAAUGGGAAAGCUGUCUUUCAGAAUGAGGACCUAUUUAGGCAUCAAACUCUGAAGCAGUGUUUUGAAUACAAUCAGUGUGGGAAGGCUUUUCAUGAAGAGGCAGCCUCCAUUACCCAUAAGAGAGUGUGCUCAUGGGAGACCCUGUGA